CUCCCAUUAUCUGCAAUAUUCAAAAACUUUUGAAACACUGCAUGUCCAACAAAAUUUAUUUUUUGUGUGAAUGUAAGUUUUUAUUGAGGGUGCUGUUUUUUAACCCUAAUCUCUUGACCAAGAAUGAAACUAUUUAAAAAUUAAGAUGCCAACAGAUCACGAAGAGCCCUGUGGUCCCAGUCACAAGUCAUUUUGCCUGAAUGGGGGGAUUUGUUAUGUGAUACCUACUAUUCCCAGCCCAUUUUGUAGGUGCAUUGAAAACUAUACAGGAGCUCGUUGUGAAGAGGUUUUUCUCCUAAGCUCCAGCAUCCAAACUAAAAGUGACCUGUUUGCAGCUUUCAUGGCAGUGGCAGCCCUAGCAACACUUAUCAUUGGAGCCUUCUACUUCCUUUGCAGGAAGGGCCCAUUUCAGAGAGCAGGUUCAGUCCAGUAUGAUAUCAGCCUUGUGGAGAUGAGCAGGACCAGCGCCCACCACAGAAAUGGAUGACCUGGAGCUGGGGGAUCAGGAGAUGAUCCAGACUCCAAUCCUGCUGACCCAGAAAGUGACUCCACUGACCAGAGGACUGUCCCCAUCUGCAGGGAGUCUCAGCUCCCACAGCAUCAUGGCUAUGCUCGGAGGGUUUUGAUUUUCCUUUCCUUUUC